AUGAGUCUUUCUAUCGGUGGAGCUUCUAGCGACGGUGUUGAUCUUAGCUUUCCAGGAGUCGACCACGACGAGAUCACCCUCGGCGUUGAGCUGGAGCUGGCAAUUUUCAAUCUUAAUGAUGACAACCGGGACCAUAGCCUAUGGUUCUCUUAUAUCAGAGGGGCGCUCAUUGAUAUCGAAAGAAAGUUGUCUAAACCCGGUAAUAAAGUCAUAUUCACUGUCAAAGACGACGCGUCGAUUAAUAUCUACUGGAAGGGGCCCGGCCCAAACGUGGGUGUUGCAGUAGAGGUUGCAACCCCGAUUCUGCUCGGCGAUCAGUUUGAGUGGGUAAUUCCUGAGAUGUGCACCGCAAUCAACAACGCGGUCAAGAGGCAGGGUGCGACGAUUGAUCUUUCACCUGAGAGUGAAUGUGGUCUUCACGUUCAUAUUGGUAUUCAGGAAAGACACUAUACUCUUGGGGAAUUGAAGAGAAUCGCAAAAGCCGUCGUUAUCUUUGAGGAUGUAAUGGAAAUACAUCAUGCUGCUCAUAGGCGAGGAAGCGCGGAUUAUAUUAAGAGUAACCGAGCAGCAGAGCAGCUCAAAGGACUCUCGAUAGUCCAGAUGGUCGACAAGCUUGAAUCGACCACUACUAGUAACGAGCUGUUGCACAUGAUCAACAGCGACCCAGACCAUCCAGACAAACACUUUAAGUACAACCUUACAGCAACCAAAAAAUUCGGAACCGUCGAGUUCCGUCAGGCAGAGGGAUCAAUUGAUGAUACUAAGAUUCUCGAGUGGAUUCGGAACGUUAUCACCUUCAUCGUCGGCGCAUUAUAUACCCCAGACGAGCGUUUUCCGCAAUUUGCGGAUUGGGCCGACCAGGGUUUUGCUUGGGACGAAGAUAUCUGCGCAUACUAUGGCCUCCCGCCACCAGACCGGCAAGGAUUGCCAGCUGACAUUGAUCAAGCCCCUGGAAGUGACGAUGAUUCUGAUGAAGAGGCAGAGGAGAGUGAUGAUAUACUUCCUGACCUCGUGGAUUUGAGUCUUGGCUCUGGUGGUGCUGAGGGGCCGAGUGUGAUGAGAAAGCGUGACACCCUAAGGAGGCUCAAGGGAAAGGAUACAUCGGAAGCAUAUUCGGGAGAGAUUGUCUAA